AUGGAAGAACUUUCAGCAACUCAAGAUGUUCAAAUGACAGAAAACUCUGAGACUUUACUAGAAACGUACAUUGUUGGCGCUGCCACUAACCAGGUAACCGACGCGAUUUUAAAUGAAUCACUGGGAGAGCACGACCAUUUUUAUCCACAGCCUACACCUGAUACAAGUGGACAAGAAAUCUUGUUAACUCUCUUAACAGGCUCUUUGCCCUCACAACAAAAAGUUCUGGUGAAUAAAGAAUGGAGCAAAGAUUAUCUUAAUCGCCUGAC